AUGGCCCCAAAUGGUCGGCUAAUAUUUCUGCUGUUUUACUUGAUAUUCGCUAUCGAUGGCGCUCCAAUUGGACACAAAGAAAAGCGAUUCCCGUCGGCGAUCAUUAUUGGUGUGAAAAAGGCUGGCACCCGUGCUUUACUGGAGUUCCUUCGACUCAAUCAAAAAAUCCACGCACCCGGCCCAGAGAGGUUCACUUUUUCGACAAAAACUACGAGAAGGGACUCCGAGUGGUAUAGGAUCUCUGUUCAAAUGCAGCUCAUUUAUCCACUUCCUCAUCAAAGUAUCUCCAAUUUAUCUUUUGCAUACAUAUUGUCAAGUCUCGAGACAGCUACCAUCACCGAA